AUGACCGAAAUUGAUAAUAGUAUCCUUGAUGAAUCUUCAUUUCUUCACGAUACAUCUACUACAGAAGAUAAUUUAAAUGGGAAACAAGAUCCUUUCAUUCUUGUUAGGGAAUAUCAAGUUUUAUUAACAAAGACUCAGAAAGAAUUAUUCGAUUUAAAGAUGAAAUACAAACAAAUUGAAGAGGAAUACGAAUUAUACAAAGUAAGGAUUGUCGAUUUAAAGAGAAAUAAUACACAAAUGAGAGAUGCGAUUGCAGAAAAUACUACGCUUAAGAUACAAUUCGAAAAUAUUAAGACAAACGCAGAUAAAAGGAACAAAGAACUCAUGCAGAAGAUUCAAAAUCUCCAAAAAAGCAAUGAUGACUUAAGUCGCGAUAAAAUUAAACUAGAGGGCGAAUUAGAUGAUGCAAAACGAAAUGAUUUGAGAAAUGGUGCUCCAAUUACAUUACCAGAUGGAACAAAAAUCUUACUUUCUGACUUAAUUCAAAAAUUCACAUCACUAAGCGCUAAAUACUCUUCAGCAAACGAUCAAAUUAUUCAAUUACGGGAUUUAAAUGAGAAAUAUGCAAAGAAUGGACAAUCUAUUGAUGAGCUUACCGAAAAAUUAAAAAAUGCAAAUAAUCAAAUUGCUUUAUUAAAAGACCAACUCCAGCAAAACGCAUCUAAAUAUGAAAUAACGAUUGAAAUCCUUAAAAAGAAUUACGAAGAACUGAACAAUACUCGUGAACGUGAAUUAUCUCAAUUAAAUCAGACUUUAAACGAUGGAACUGAUACAAUUGCUGCUCAAAAAGCUGAUAUUGAUAAACUUACUAAACAAGCGCUUCAAUAUCAAGAUCUUAUCAAGCAAUUACAAGAAAAGAUUUCGGAACAAUACAAUGAUCAUAAACAGCUCGAAAAUAAGCUUGGAGAUGCACAAAAAAGGAUUGGUAUUCAGCAAAAACGCAUGGAACAGAAGACUUCUGAAAAAGAAGACGAAAUUGAAAAGCUUAAGCAUGAAUUAGAAAUCCAAAGUGAUAAAAACGCUGAACUCCAAGCUCAAAAUAAACAACAACAAGAUCAAGUGUCCGAAUACAUAAAUUCACUUCAAAAACUUAAACAUAAACUAUCUAAAGCUACAAGCUUAAACAAUGAUCUAAAUUCGCAAAUUUCUGAACUAAAUGGGCAACUAAGAGUCAGUAAAAAGGAAAACGAUCUUAAAAACGAAAAGAUUAAUAUUCUUGAAGAUAAUUCUAAACAAAUUCCAAUUCUUGAAUCUAAACUAUCUGAUGCAACAACUGAAAAUGAUCAUUUAAUAGCGGAGGUUGAUGAUUAUAUGAAGAAAUUAGCAGAAAAAGAUCAAAACAUAUCAGUAUUAGAAAAACAAUUGAAAGAAAAUGAAAUGAAGUAUAAUUCAGAAAAUGGUCUAUUACAAAAUGAAAAAGCACAAUUAAAUCAAAAAAUUCAAGAGUUAAACAUCAAAAUAGAAGAACUCCAGAAUGAAAUUAAUGAAUUAAAUGAUCCUCAUUGCCAUUGUAUCAGAAGAACAGAGUUCCAAAGCUUAAAAACAGAUAUUUUGGAAUCUUUAAAAUCAUCACUUCAAAAUAAAACAGAAAAAUCAGUUGACUACGAAAAAACAACCAAUCAAAUUCUACAAUUAUCAAAUGUUGUAACUAAUUCUAUAUCACAGACAAAGCUUUCGUUAUCAAAACAGCAUGAUGAGAUUUUGAUGCUAAUGAAUCAACCUAUUAAAGAAGGAAAGAAGUGA